UUUGGAUUCAAAUAUAAAAGUGCAGCCUGAUUGGCCAGAGAGACGAGUUUAUACGCAUGCGUAGUACAGGAAAUAUAAAUGAUGCAUUCGAAACUAUCGGAGAAGUAGCUGUUAAGACUGGAGUACGUUAGUGACACCCACGCGCACCAAAAAGGCUGGGUGGCAAUAGUGACACAUGUCUUUUGAAAGAAUAGCUGGUUAACUUAAGUCUGAAAACAUCGCAAAACGUUUACUUUUUUCCUAUUUUCUACGCAAGCAUUUAAAUGUGCUCCAAAAGUUUUAGCAUAUCCGCCUACCUCUGCCUUCAGCAAGUACGACUUUACUGAGGGCACUUGAAGGCAGCACCUUGAGGAACAGGAAAUGAAAACUGUUUUGGGGCAGACUCUUUCCUCCGUGCAUACGAUCUUCGUCUCCCUAAUCCUCAGUCCUGAACCGGGCCUCUAGCCUCCACCAUGGACAACCUGGAGGAAGACCUGACGUGCUCUGUGUGCUACUCGCUGUUCUCUGACCCACGCGUCCUGCCGUGCUCGCACACCUUCUGUAAGAACUGCCUGGACAACUUGCUCCGGUUGUCCACCAACUACUCCAUCUGGCGUCCGCUCCGCCUGCCGCUAAAAUGCCCCAACUGCCGCAGCGUGGUAGAGCUGCCCCCGAUGGGCGUAGACUCUCUGCCCACCAACGUAUCUCUGCGAGCCAUCAUCGAGAAAUACCAGAGCGACAGUGCGCCGCAACACCCUUCCUGUCAGGAGCACCACAGGCAGCCUCUGAACAUGUACUGCAUCCAGGACCGCCAGCUGAUCUGCGGGCUGUGUCUGACUGUCGGGCAGCACCAGGGCCAUCCCAUAGAUGACCUCCAGGCAGCGUUCAUCAGAGAGAAACAGACUCCAUCGCUGCUGCUGGCCAGACUCUCUGAGCAGAGAUGGACACAGGUGUGUGAGCUGGGGGUGCAGCUGGAGCAGGAGAAGGCCCGCUGUGAGGGUCUAGUGAGGCAGGACCAGCAGGAGGUCAAUCAGUUCUUUCAGGCGCUGGAGGUGGUGCUGGCUCGCAAGAGACACGCCUACCUGGAGGCCCUGGAUAAAGCCGGUGCAGAGGUGUCCCGGGCCUACGACCCCCUCAUUCACACAGUGAAGGCACUACAGGAAGAACAGUUGGACCUGGUGUCCCUGGGUUCAUCAGUAGAGGAGGAGGACUCCCCGCUGGUCUUCCUGGAGCAGGUCCAUUUAUUCAGAGAGAGGGUUGAAGGGUUCAUUAAAGCCCCUCUGCCCUCGGUGAUCAACCUCUCCGUCACUCCGCGGGCAGCAGAGCACCUGCAGCAGCACUGGCCCGCCGUGACCAUCGGGAGCCUGGAGGAAGCGCCCGUCCCUAAGGUGUGCUGCUGCACCAGAUGUGGCGGCGUAGAAACCGAAGCCGGAGGAAGGGAUCCGUCCGACGGCUGGGCGCAGAACUUGUGGUGGGAACUGCGGCCCACCUUCUCGUUGCUGCUGCUGGGGCUGCUGCUGCUGCUGACGGCACUGUGGGUCAACCCGGUCGGAGGGGCGUCGCUCGGUUUCUCUGUGCUCUCUCGGUUUAGUCAGUCGGUCCACGGCCUGAGCAGUGAACUGGUCACAUCGGUCUGGGACACGGCGGGAUCAGCGUACACGGUGCUGGAGGCCGCUGUGGAAAGAUGGAGCGCUCACCUCUCCUCAGUGGGGGAAAAGGCCUCCCAGCAGCUGGCUGCCUUAUUUAAAACUCUGACAUCCCACUGAAACUGGAACCCUCGACAUACAUGUAGAGGCUGACAAAGCUUUACUUCCACACUCCUGUAGUAAAGGGAAAAUACUCCUUAAUACCCCUUUAAACUCCUGCUAUUGUCCUGGAAAAAUUCAGGCAAUUGGUAAACAGACGUUCUUUAAAAAAAAAAAUGUAUCCGUUUAUGUAGCCGUACAUCUUUUUGUAUAUUUAAUUGUCUAGUGUUCCUAUUUAUGGUAUAUUCUUCUAUCUUUAUACUGUCUAACUAAUCAGCAUUAAUCAUAUCAAACAAGAUGUUUUUAUCAUAGGUUUACAAAAAUGUGUAAGUGAGUCACCUUUCCCAAGAUGCAGUGGGACAUUUCAGUGCUUAGGACUUGAGUUCAGCUGCACAUGUAUCUCCUUACACAGGUCUACAGGGACCGGAGCUGUAUGUGAACCCUAGAGCCUGGAGAGUGGAACCAGAUACACUCUGGACCUGAGAUCAUGUUGCAGUGAUGCUCAGCUCUCAGUGGCUACCUUGCUGUGCCUUUAACCACCACGCCUUAACCUCACCCUACUUAUAAUAGCCAAUAUAGAAACUAUAUAAUAGUCUUAUUGUAGUAGACUGCAUCACCACCAGGACCAAUAGCUUUCUACAACUCAAGAUGUCGUCAGCAGGACAGAUCUUCACAGAACCACCAACUUGAGUAUCUGUGAAAUACCAGAACGCCGAGCUGCAUUCCAAAAUAUCUUCCAUUUAUUAUCUUUAAUAGCUGUUGCUGGGCAUAUAUAUAUAAUUAUUUAGAGUCUUCAAUUAACCCAACUUGCAUGUUUCAGACUGUGGGAGGAAGCCAGAGAACCCGAGCUGACACGGAGAGAAUAUGCACAUUCCACACAGAGCUGUGAGGCAGCGGUGCAACCGCCCUAAAUAUCAUGUACACAAGUAUUAUGCAAACUAUAGUUGGUGUAUAUGCUACUGCAAGUAUCACAUACUGAAGACAUUUUGAUCAGUUGUAUUUUUCUAAACUUGUUACUGUAUUUUAAAUGCUUUGUUUUGUGUCGUAUUCAUUAAAAUAAAAAUAAAAGCCAUCAGUGUGACACUGCAUGACGGGCCACGAGUCAAUUAGUGUUGCCGUAUGUUUUAAAGUGGUGCUGUGAGCUCCAUUAGCUGACGCUCGCUACAGUUGUCUUUGUAGUGUGAAAUAUUGUGUGUCCAAGAAUCAGCUGACCUCAGCAGAACAUGUGUGCAAACUAGACAAAUCUUGACUAUUGGUGUUGGAGUUGUAACAUUUAUUUUAAAUGCAACCAGCGAGCUGACCAUUGGAGCUCGGUUUAUUACCGGGGUACUGAAAUUGACUUGCAUAAGUUUAGGAAUCUACAGGUCGGCCUGUCAUGAGACUUAAUUACAUUUACAGAACAAAAUGUAAUAAAAAUAUCUUUGACUUUCUCUGAUCAGUUCAGUGACUGAAAAAAUAUUAGAUGUUUGUCUGUCCACACUUCAGGUUCAAUUUCAAUCUAUUCAAAGUGACGGUUAUGUUUGUGCAUUUGCAUUAAGGAAAAGAUCUUGCCAGAAAACAUUUAUUGGUUCAGAUAGUUAAAAAGUACAGAGAGUUAAAGAAUAGCAGCAUUCCAUCAUAAAGGACAAGGCUAAGACAAAUAUUUACAUAAUGUGUGAAAAGUAAAAAAUGAACAGGAGCCCUCUAAGCAGUGACGGCAUCGUGCUCUUUGAACACGAUGGUCUUGGGGUUGAUUCCCACGCUCUUGGUGGUGUUGUGAGUUUUGUAGAUGCCGAUGAGACGAUCUGCGAUCUCAAACAUGUUGUUCCUCAGGGAGAUGAUGAUGAACUGAGCGUUCUUUGUUUGCUCCUGCACAGAGACGAGGGAAAGAAAACAAAAUGAC